AUGGACUCGGUCAAGGAUCAACUCAGAUCAUUGUUCAAACUGCUGGAGCCAACCGAACACUUUACUCAUGAUCUCGAUGGCCAGGUCAUGUGUAUCGAGAAUGGUUCCUAUUCAUUCUUCACACCAUCGACCAAUCAAUGGAUCAGCAUUCAGUCAUAUAAGCCAGAUGAAAGACCUUUUGAAGAGAUCGUUGAUAUGGCCAUGUCAACGGUAUACGCUCGUGGCUAUGUCUAUGUGUUUGGACCACGUGACUACACCUCUUCAACAUACUCUCGAUUCUCCUUGGUCACUCGAAAAUGGCAACUUGACAUCCCGAUGGUUGGAGUGGCGGCCAGCACAGAGGUGGCCACAUUCUAUGAUGGAGGAAAACUGAUCUAUCUACUCGGUGGCACAAGUACAUAUUCAUUUGAGCAUGGCACAAUCAGGCUCAAUCGAAUUGAUUCCUUCAACAUUGAAACACCACAGUUCUCAAGAGUUGGCGUGCUCCAGAAACCCGUCGCCAGAGGCUUCGCAGUAUUCAACAAUAAUAUUCUAUAUUAUAUUGGUGGAUAA